AGCGAGUGAGACGCUUUUGGUAGUCGCGCGGUGAUGGACUUCACUUGGGUUUUCAUGAAUUUCGCAAGAUAUUUUCGUCUUUGCGGCUUUUCGCUUGAAGAGCUGGCUUUCUCAUAUGAGUUGGGCCACAACAAGCGUCCACGCAUCUACAACAGGGCACGUCUCUUGCCUUCUCAUCUCAUCGUCGCUUCACAGUUCACACAGCUUAGUUGGUUCAUAUGUUUUUCUCUCACCUUGCUUCACCAGAUCGGCCUUCACGGUAUGUUGCAUGCUUGGUUGGUUCUUGCUACCGAUGCCGCUGCCUGUUUGGCGAUUGUGGCCUUCGACUAUCUAGGUUAACUGUUAUGGUUCAAAAUGCCAGGAAAUGGAAUGCAGCCUUUUGUCUGAGUAUGAAAAACCCUGAUGCAAGAUCAUCAAGGGUCAAAUAGUAAGGAUAUGGGACUUCACAACGAAAAAUUGUAGAACAACUAUGGAUACGACCAUUACUUAUGCGGAAAAGGAGAGAUGCUGAUUAUGGAAAUCAAUUGUCUGUAAGGUUAAAAACGAACUUAUAAAUGAUUAUAUCAGAUAUGUGACUGACUAUACAUGUAUGGUUUCACUUGCAAUCAAGUGUUUACAGUUACGGAGAAAAAUAAAGUGUUCAUAGUGACUAACCUCAAUACAUGAUAUUCUUCCGUGCAUUGAGCUGCGCCAUCGGUGCAGCGAGAUGCUAGUUAACUAAUUAAAAUGCAUUUCUUGAUUGGGCUAUCUCACUUAAUUUGUAGUCUUAGUCUUCAUUUAUGUCUUCGUACCAAAUUUCCUUAAAGCAUACGAUAUGUGGGGUCCAAAUUAGUUGAAUAAAAGAACACGUACAAGGAAGUCUAUGAUUUAAAUGUAACAACUACUCCCCAAAAAUACUCCUAUUUGACUUCGUAAAAUCAUCACUCCAAACUUUUCAAGAUUCAACUUCGUAGAAUCAACUUUUUCAUCUGCAACUUUUUUUAUAUAUUUUCCAUGAUCAUGGACCAAAUUGUAUGACUCCGGCAACAAACAAUCAAUAGAGAAAUGCAAAACCAAAAAAUUACCUCUCAUCUUACUUAUUUUAUUUCUUCGUGCUCAACAAAUCUUCCUUAAACCAACCGGUUUGUGUCUUUCAUUUGUAUCAAAACACAUGGCAGAAACAUUUCUAUUCAAUAUUGCAGAAAAUGUUUUGGGAAAGAUAGUCUCUCUUGCCCAUGAAGAAAUAUGUUUGGCAUGGGGUGUAGAGAGCAAUAUGAAAAAGCUUGUUGAGAACUUAUUAUCCAUCAAAGCUGUUCUCCUGGAUGCCGAGGAGAAGAAGGCACAUAACCACGAGCUGCGUAUCUGGCUUGGGAGGCUUAAGGAUUUCCUCUAUGAUGCCGAAGACGUGAUGGAUGAGUUUAAUUAUCAAGGGCUUCGCAAGCAAGUGGUGAAAGAGUAUGGAACCAUAAAAACCAAGGUACGCAGAUUAUUCUUUCCAAGCUCAAAUCCACUUGCAUUCCGUUUCAAAAUAGGUCAUAAGAUUAAGAAGCUUAAGGGGAGACUAGAUGAUAUAGCAGCUCAGAAGUCUAAAUUUCAUCUCACGGAGCUACUUACUUAUGGCAUGGGGGGGCACAGAGAAAGGGAGAUGACAGAUUCCUUUGUGCGUGCAUCAAAUAUUAUUGGAAGAGAUGCUGAUAAGGAAAAACUCAUGAAGUUUCUAUUGAAAUCAGAUGAUCAAGCUGCAGGUAUAAUCUCUGUUAUCCCUAUUGUUGGAAUAGGAGGGUUGGGAAAGACUACUCUAGCUAAGAUGUUAUACAAUGAUAAGAGAGUAGAUGCACAUUUUCAAUUGAAAAUGUGGACGUGUGUCCCUGAGGAUGAAUUUGAGAAGAAGAAGAUACUAGUAAAAAUGCUCAAGUCCUUAACUGAUCAAGAUGUUAGUAACUUGGAUACUGACCAGUUACAAGCUCGCAUUCGAGAUCAACUAAACGGAAAGAAAUUUUUACUUGUCUUGGACGAUGUGUCGAUGGUUGAACGUAUUCGCAGUAAAUGGGUUGAGCUGAGAGAAUUGUUGGAAAUUGCUGCCAUUGGAAGUAAAGUGAUUGUAACAACACGUGAUGAUAGAGUGUCUGAAAUGCUGGGUACUAUUGAAGGAUACAAGUUAAAACGUCUUCCACAAGAGGAUUGUUUGUGUUUAUUGAAAAAAUGGGCGUUCAAAGAAGGAGAAGAGGAGCGCUACCCGUACCUCCUGGAAAUCGGAGAGGACAUAGUGAAGAAAUGUGGAGGACUUCCUUUGGCGGUGAGGACCUUAGGGACCCUGCUCUACUCGAGAAAUGAAGAACGGUACUGGAAAUCCAUAAGAAAUGAUGAGAUAUGGAAACUAAAACAGGAUGAAGGGGACAUUUUACCUGCACUAAGACUAACUUAUGAUCAAAUGCCAUCUGAAUUGAAGCAAUGUUUCGCUGUUUGUUCUGUCUUUCCAAAAGGUUAUGUGUUCAGCAGUUUUAUGUUGGCUCAGUUUUGGAUGGCACACGGUCUACUUCAAUCUCCAGAAGGAAACCAGGAACCUGAAUAUCUUGGCUUACAAUAUGUUAAGGAGUUAUACUCAAGAUCAUUCUUUCAGGAUUUUGAGGAUUAUGGUUAUCUUUACGUGUUUACAAUGCAUGAUUUGGUACACGAUCUUGCACUCUUGGUUGCCCAAAAUGAGUGCUCAACUGUCAAUUUUCAAACCAAGAGUAUACCUGAAGGUGUGCGCCAUCUUUCAUUCUCCGAUGCAGAAGCUUUAUUUGGUGAAGAGGUUCCAUGUCUUCCACAAAAUCCAAGAAAUAUGAGGACUAUACUUCUCCAAUUUGAACGACCAACAGUUACAAGUGAAUCCUCCAUUGCUGCAUGUAUCUCUAAGUUCAGGUUUCUAAGGUCGUUGGAUCUAAGUUAUUCAUCAUUUGAGUUGUUGCCCAGCUCUAUUGGUGACCUAAAACAUCUGAGAUCUCUUCUCUUGUGCUUCAAUCGUAGAUUAAAGAAAAUGUCCAACUCAAUCUGCAAGCUCCACAAUCUACAAACUCUACUCUUACAUGGAUGUGUAGAACUUGAGGAUCUGCCAAGAGAUAUUCGGAACUUGAUCAGCCUAAGAAAUCUGUAUAUCACCACGAAACAGAAGAGUUUAACAGUGAAUGGAAUUGGGUGCCUGAAAUCUCUCAGAUCUCUGUUCCUGUUCAGAUGCACCAAUCUUGAAUCCCUCUUUGAACCAACAGUACACCUCCCUGCUUUGAGAGCAUUGCACAUCGACUCUUGUCCUAACUUGGUGUCUUUGUCACACAUUCUGAGGAACCUAACUGCAUUAGAUACAUUGAUAAUUCGGCAAUGUAUGCACAUGGAUUUAAUGGAUGAGGUGGAAGACGGUGGUCAAAAUUUGAAACUUCAGUUGCUAGUACUAGCUGGUUUGCCACAAUUGACUAUCUUGCCAAGAUGGCUUCAAGGGUCUUCGGAGACUUUGGAAUGCUUGUGUGUUGGAUAUUCUCCCAAUUUUUCAUCCUUGCCUGAGUGGCUGCGCAACUUCAAAUCACUCAAAACGAUUGCAGUCGCAGACUGUCCUAGCUUAUGGUCUCUACCAGACUCCUUUGGUUGUCUCACAAACCUUAAGGAAUUGAAGAUUCUAAAUUCUCCACAACUAAGUGAAAGAUUCCAGCCAGAAAUAGGCUUAGUUGAUCAGUUGCUCAGGCAGCAUCACGUAGGAUCAAGGAUCGUAGUCUUGCAGUCUCACAAGAAGGUCGGCACGUCGCUGCCAAAGAUGUUUGGUAUAAUAGAGAAGCUAGCUUUGAUGGUGUUCUACCGAUCGAUCUCCUCUAAAAAUGUCUUCUUCUAGUUCUGUAGUUUUAAGUGCUUUCUUUUGAUUAUAUCUCAAGCAAAGGAAGCCCUAUAUUGUGACAAUGUGCUUUCAUCAAAAUAAAACAUGUUGGAUUCUUCCAUCUCUUGAGGCUAAACUCUAGACCCUGAACUUAGGGGUGAAAACGAGUUUAUCGGAGCGAGCUUUACCAUGUUCAAGCUGGUUUGUUUGCUGAAAAAAAUUAUUGAGCUCGAGCCAUUUAUUAAAACAACUCAAGAAUCUUGUUCAAGCUUGUUUGUUAAGCUUAUUAAGUGAGUGGCAAAUAUGUCGAGUAGUUUGGCACAUUCCGAUUUGCCUAAUUAUAGUUGAAGAGAAUUGGCCGAUUCAAGUACCAGAAUGCAUAGUUUUACUACGUAUUUGCCAAGCCUUAAUACGAUACUGGUCAAAUGGGAUCUCGCUGAAUGGAUCAUCUUAAUUUUUAGUCUCAAGUCUUUUUCAUUUAUGUCUUCAUACCAAAAUUUCUAAAAGCAUAUGUAUAUAUGGUCCAAAUUAGUUGAAUAUGAACACAAUUAAGUCUAUGAUGUAAACACAGGUUUUUGUUGGUGGGUAUAGCGCAGCGGAACAAACAAGAUUAACAAUCGAUAAUAAUCCAAUCGGGAGAAAGGCUCAACCACCACAAGCAUACAAACAAGUAAAUACGCAAGAGAGUAAAGAAGAACACCGAGAUUUACACAGUUCGGCUAUACCAAACCUAUGUCCACGGGGUUGCGCGAGUUUUCCACAAGAUGAAGAAAAUCGAGCCUCUUGGACAACCUCCAAGUUUGCUCAACACAAGCCUUGAUCACAACCCUUCAGAAUUUCACAAGAAAUUACACCAUUAUUCACUCAAUAAUGAUCUCACAAAAGUCUCCUCACUAUGUUUUUCGUCUCUCUUUAAAACCCUAGAAAGAUCCCUCUCAAAACAAA